AUGCGUCGCAAGCCGGGAAUCGCUGGGCUCAUCAAAGAGAAGGAACAGCAAAGCGCCUUGAGUGCGGUGGGCGAACAGAUCGAGGCAGAUAAGAAUCAGAAUGCGAAGCAGCUACUCCAAACGUUGCAGAGCUCACUGCGAGACUUUGCCUCCAGACAUCGAAACCGCAUCAAUUCAGACCCGCAGUUCCGCAAGUCCUUUUGCGAGAUGUGUAUCGCUGCUGGGGUGGACCCCUUGUCCAGCAGUAAAGGUCUCUGGGAUGAACUCCUGGGAGUUGGUCAGUUCUACAACGACCUGUCGGUCCAGGUGCUGACCCAAUGCAUGCGCACGCGCGACGAGAACGGCGGUCUGCUGGAUCUUCGUCAGUGCCUCCAGGGCCUGCGAAGAGCACGGCCCGGGGAGCGCCUGGCUGUGGAGGACGUGGAGCGCGCCGUGGAGUGUUUGGCACAGCAUCCUGGAUGA